AUUUUUCCCUUGGUUGAUUUUAGUAGUUUAAGUUCUGACUUCAAUCUUCCUAUGGAUAUUGACUCUAGCAUUCUGAAUGUGUCAACGGAUAAUUUUGAUAUUGUCAGUACUCACUCCACAUUAAACAGCACCUCUCCUAGCCUCCAGACAACAGCUAUACCUAACAUUUGCAGAAGAACUACUGGAUUAAAGGGAAUGGUUAUCAAUUGCAAUGGCCUUAAGGGCACAUAUCAUUGUACUGAAUUUCAAGCCCUUCAUAAGCCUGAUAUUGUCCUUGGCUGCAAUUCCAAGCUCCACAAAGCUGUGCCAACCUACUCAGUUUUCCCACCUUAUUACACCGUAUUUAGAAAGGAUUGUGACUGUCAUGGAGGAGGUGUGACCAUUUGAAAUCGUCGGCAAGGAAAGGUCCAUCUUUGCAUGUGGGAGUGAAAUCAUCUGGUCUACAAUUAAAGUUGGUAGUGGUCAGGCUUUCCACCUAGGAUCUUACUAUAGCCCACCUUAUUCUUCCCAAGAAGUCUUGGAACAUUUCUUGGAUUCCUUUAAUAGUAUUCUUGAAUCUUCUAACCACCACCCAAAUAUAAUUGCUGCUGGUGACUUUAAUCUAAAAGGUAUCAACUUGUGAACUGAGGUUCCAUCAGCAACCAACCAAGCCACCUUGGCUCAACAUAAUAGACCACUUCCAUUUGUGGAGAAAUGUUCUCUCACCCACCAUGUGAAAUGCCCUACUCGAACAGCACUUGAGAAGACCCUGGACUUAUUAUUUUCAUUAUAUCCUCCCAUUUAUUUCCAAUGUCUGUACUGUAUCUGGAAUUAGUGACCAUAUGGCAACACUAUUUCACAUCAAUAUUAAAGCAUCAUGACCUUUAAACUUCCUUACAAGGUUUUUGUUUACAAAAGGGCUGAUUUUGAUGGCCUGAGGAAUUUGUUUUCGGCAUAUUCAGUCCAACUGUAAUGUUAAUAAGUAUUCGUUAUACCCAAGUUCAGUUAUUGCAUGGAAUCAAUUAUCUUUAUUUAUAAGUGAUUUUCAUUUUUCUAGCAUUUCUUAUUUAUUUAUUUAUUUAUUUCUUAUUUCUUAUUUCCUUAUAACAGGGUUGUCACUAAGGGCCGGAGGCCAGGGAUUUCCCCCAGCUACUCAGAGCAUGGCCCCCAGAACACACAAAGACUAUCCAUCAAACUAAAUGCAAGUUUCAUCUGCAGCAGGUUUAAGUAAUUUUGAAAUACUCACUUGCAAAAACUAAGAAAUGUCGGAAAAAGACGUCUGACUUAGAUUUGGUAAUAAUACACACGCGUGAAAACUCUCUGUUCGUGAAAUGUCAGUAGGGAGUUUUAGCAACGACAAUGAUGAUGGCAACAAGAACGUCAAAAAAGAAAUAGGUUUAUUGAGCAACACAACUAGUUUGCACGUUCAUCACACUUUUUUUUCUUUGCCAUUACUGCAUAACUACGACGUAAAAAUGCCUAGUUUCACGUUUUAUGGAGGACCUAAACAAGUGAUGACAUACUUUUCUUUCUCUUUCUAAACUUGAGUGUGGUCCCAAAGAAAUCAACUUCAGGGAAAUUGGCCUACAUUAGCUAUUUUCAGCGAAUUGAAAUAAACGCGAGAAAGUUGAAAAAGAUGCCAAUUCAUGUUAAAAGUGACGUUUUCCCUCCCUUCACCUUUUUCCGUAAGUUGUUUCGCUCUUAUGUAUAACUAAAAUAAUGAGGAUUAACAAUUUAUUUUACAGUGCAUGUUAAUUCAUUUGCACCAUAAAAGAAUCGAUUGUCCUUUCAACAUUUUUAACAUUUGUUAACCUAUCAUUGUAAAUCAACACUUCACUGGCCAGCAUGUGCCUUGUCUGCAUAAAGAUAAGACUGCGAGGAUAACGUGACCGGUGCCUACCUGUCAUUUUUUUCAGACCUGGUGCUUACAUGUACAUUCCCAUUUGGUGGCCACUACAAAAACCCUCCAACGAGCCUUUGCGUAAAGUAAAAACUUAUUAUUUUGGUGUUUCAGAAUGUUGUGGUUUUCUUUAACAAAGACGUGAUCAUCAUAAAACUGCUAAUGAUAGCUGUACUCUUGAUGAAGAUUGCUUUUUUGGGGUGGUUAUGCCUUUUCGAAAACAGUAGAAGUUGCACUUCAAAAACUUCUUGGGAGGGGGGGCUCCAUGAUUGCUUGCAACUUCCCCAGCUACUAACAACAAAUACCCGGCAACUUGAAAUCUUACUGACAACUCUGUUAUAACAUAUAUUUUUCCCAUGAUUAUUUCAGUGUAGAUGAAAUGUGUAGAUAGUUCUUUAAAUACAUUCUAUAGAUAUCUUCUUAGAACUUGUCAUAUGAAAUAAUUUUACAUUCUUAACUUUUAUUGUCAGAUUAUUGUCAUUAUUGUUUUUAGAAGUAUUUUAUCAAACAUCAAAAGAAUUAAAACAACUAGGCCAACGAGACUUUCUUCAACAGUUUCUUGUUGACAACGGCAGAAGCACCCAACUAUAA